AUGCUCCCAUGCUCCCAUGCUCCCAUGCUCCCAUGCUCCCGUGCUCCCGUGCUCCCAUGCUCCCGUGCUCCCGUGCUCCCGUGCUCCCAUGCUCCCAUGCUCCCAUGCUCCCAUGCUCCCAUGCUCCCAUGCUCCCGUGCUCCCAUGCUCCCGUGCUCCCGUGCUCCCAUGCUCCCAUGCUCUUAUGCUCCCAUGCUCCCAUGCUCCCAUGCUCCCAUGCUCCCAUGCUCCCAUGCUCCCAUGCUCCCAUGCUCCCUUGCCCCCAUGCUCCCGUGCUCCCAUGCUCCCAUGCUCCUGUGCUCCCAUGCUCCCAUGCUCCCGUGCUCCCAUGCUCCCAUGCUCCCAUGCUCCCCUGCUCCCAUGCUCCCAUGUUCCCGUGCUCCCAUGCUCCCAUGCUCCCAUGCUCCCAUGCUCCCAUGCUCCCGUGCUCCCAUGCUCCCAUGCUCGUGCUCCCGUGCUCCCCUGCUCCCAUGCUCCCGUGCUCCCGUGCUCCCGUGCUCCCGUGCUCCAUGCUCCCAUGCUCCCAUGCUCCCAUGCUCCCAUGCUCCCAUGCUCCCAUGCUCCCAUGCUCCCGUGCUCCCAUGCUCCCAUGCUCCCAUGCUCCCAUGCUCCCAUGCUCCCAUGCUCCCGUGCUCCCGUGCUCCCAUGCUCCCGUGCUCCCGUGCUCCCGUGCUCCCGUGCUCCCAUGCUCCCGUGCUGCCAUGCUCCGGCUCCCGUGCUCCCGUGCUCUCCCGUGCUCCCGUGCUCCCGUGCUCCCAUGCUCCCAUGCUCCCAUGCUCCCAUGCUCCCAUGCUCCCAUGCUCCCAUGCUCCCAUGCUCCCGUGCUCCCGUGCUCCCAUGCUCCCAUGCUCCCAUGCUCCCGUGCUCCCAUGCUCCCAUGCUCCCAUGCUCCCGUGCUCCCAUGCUCCCGUGCUCCCGUGCUCCCGUGCUCCCGUGCUCCCAUGCUCCCAUGCUCCCAUGCUCCCCUGCUCCCAUGCUCCCAUGCUCCCAUGCUCCCAUGCUCCCGUGCUCCCGUGCUCCCGUGCUCCCAUGCUCCCAUGCUCCCAUGCUCCCCUGCUCCCCUGCUCCCGUGCUCCCAUGCUCCCAUGCUCCCAUGCUCCCGUCCUCCCGUGCUCCCGUGCUCCCGUGCUACCAUGCUCCCAUGCUCCCAUGCUCCCAUGCUCCCAUGCUCCCAUGCUCCCCUGCUCCCGUGCUCCCAUGCUCCCAUGCUCCCAUGCUCCCAUGCUCCCAUGCUCCCAUGCUCCCAUGCUCCCAUGCUCCCGUGCUCCCAUGCUCCCAUGCUCCCAUGCUCCCAUGCUCCCAUGCUCCCAUGCUCCCGUGCUCCCGUGCUCCCAUGCUCCCGUGCUCCCGUGCUCCCGUGCUCCCGUGCUCCCACGCUCUCGUGCUCCCAUGCUCCCAUGCUCCCAUGCUCCCAUGCUCCCGUGCUCCCGUGCUCCCAUGCUCCCAUGCUCCCAUGCUCCCAUGCUCCCAUGCUCCCAUGCUCCCAUGCUCCCAUGCUCCCAUGCUCCCAUGCUCCCGUGCUCCCAUGCUCCCAUGCUCCCAUGCUCCCGUGCUCCCGUGCUCCCGUGCUCCCGUGCUCCCGUGCUCCCAUGCUCCCAUGCUCCCAUGCUCCCAUGCUCCCAUGCUCCCAUGCUCCCCUGCUCCCGUGCUCCCAUGCUCCCAUGCUCCCAUGCUCCCAUGCUCCCAUGCUCCCAUGCUCCCAUGCUCCCAUGCUCCCGUGCUCCCAUGCUCCCAUGCUCCCAUGCUCCCAUGCUCCCAUGCUCCCAUGCUCCCGUGCUCCCGUGCUCCCAUGCUCCCGUGCUCCCGUGCUCCCGUGCUCCCGUGCUCCCACGCUCCCGUGCUCCCAUGCUCCCAUGCUCCCAUGCUCCCAUGCUCCCCUGCUCCCCUGCUCCCGUGCUCCCAUGCUCCCAUGCUCCCAUGCUCCCGUCCUCCCGUGCUCCCGUGCUCCCGUGCUACCAUGCUCCCAUGCCCAUGCUCCCAUGCUCCCAUGCUCCCAUGCUCCCCUGCUCCCGUGCUCCCAUGCUCCCAUGCUCCCAUGCUCCCAUGCUCCCAUGCUCCCAUGCUCCCAUGCUCCCAUGCUCCCGUGCUCCCAUGCUCCCAUGCUCCCAUGCUCCCAUGCUCCCAUGCUCCAUGCUCCCGUGCUUCCCAUGCCCUCCUCCCGUGCUCCCGUGCUCCCGUGCUCCCGUGCUCCCACGCUCUCGUGCUCCCAUGCUCCCAUGCUCCCAUGCUCCCAUGCUCCCGUGCUCCCGUGCUCCCAUGCUCCCAUGCUCCCAUGCUCCCAUGCUCCCAUGCUCCCAUGCUCCCAUGCUCCCAUGCUCCCAUGCUCCCAUGCUCCCAUGCUCCCGUGCUCCCAUGCUCCAUGCUCCCGUGCUCCCGUGCCUCCCGCUCCCGUGCUCCCGUGCUCCCAUGCUCCCAUGCUCCCAUGCUCCCAUGCUUCCAUGCUCCCAUGCUCCCAUGCUCCCAUGCUCCCAUGCUCCCAUGCUCCCAUGCUCCCUUGCUCCCAUGCUCCCGUUCUCCCAUGCUCUUAUGCUCCCAUGCUCCCAUGCUCCCGUGCUCCCAUGCUCCCGUGCUCCCGUGCUCCCAUGCUCCCAUGCUCCCAUGCUCCCAUGCUCCCGUGCUCCCGUGCUCCCGUGCUCCCGUGCUCCCGUGCUCCCGUGCUCCCAUGCUCCCAUGCUCCCAUGCUCCCAUGCUCCCAUGCUCCCAUGCUCCCAUGCUCCCAUGCUCCCAUGCUCCCGUGCUCCCCUGCUCCCGUGCUCCCGUGCUCCCAUGCUCCCAUGCUCCCAUGCUCCCGUGCUCCCGUGCUCCCGUGCUCCCAUGCUCGCAUGCUCCCAUGCUCCCAUGCUCCCAUGCUCCCAUGCUCCCAUGCUCCCAUGCUCCCGUGCUCCCGUGCUCCCGUGCUCCCGUGCUCCCGUGCUCCCGUGCUCCCAUGCUCCCGUGCUCCCGUGCUCCCGUGCUCCCGUGCUCCCGUGCUCCCGUGCUCCCGUGCUCCCAUGCUCCCAUGCUCCCAUGCUCCCGUGCUCCCGUGCUCCCAUGCUCCCAUGCUCCCAUGCUCCCAUGCUCCCAUGCUCCCGUGCUCCCAUGCUCCCAUGCUCCCAUGCUCCCCUGCUCCCAUGCUCCCAUGCUCCCAUGCUCCCAUGCUCCCGUGCUCCCGUGCUCCCGUGCUCCCGUGCUCCCGUGCUCCCGUGCUCCCGUGCUCCCGUGCUCCCGUGCUCCCAUGCUCCCAUGCUCCCAUGCUCCCAUGCUCCCAUGCUCCCGUGCUCCCAUGCUCCCAUGCUCCCAUGCUCCCAUGCUCCCAUGCUCCCAUGCUCCCAUGCUCCCAUGCUCCCAUGCUGCCAUGCUGCCAUGCUCUCGUGCUCCCGUGCUCCCGUGCUCCCAUGCUCCCAUGCUCCCAUGCUCCCAUGCUCCGUGCUCCGUGCUCCCAUGCUCCCAUGCUCCCAUGCUCCCAUGCUCCCGUGCUCCCAUGCUCUUAUGCUCCCAUGCUCCCAUGCUCCCAUGCUCCCAUGCUCCCAUGCUCCCAUGCUCCCAUGCUCCCAUGCUCCCAUGCUCCCGUGCUCCCGUGCUCCCAUGCUCCCGUGCUCCCUUGCUCCCAUGCUCCCGUGCUCCCAUGCUCCCGUGCUCCCAUGCUCCCGUGCUCCCGUGCUCCCAUGCUCCCAUGCUCCCAUGCUCCCAUGCUCCCAUGCUCCCGUGCGCCCAUGCUCCCAUGCUACCAUGCUCCCAUGCUCCCAUGCUCCCAUGCUCCCAUGCUCCCGUGCUCCCGUGCUCCCGUGCUCCCAUGCUCUUAUGCUCCCAUGCUCCUAUGCUCCCGUGCUCCCAUGCUCCCAUGCUCCCAUGCUCCCAUGCUCCCAUGCUCCCGUGCUCCCAUGCUCCCGUGCUCCCGUGCUCCCGUGCUCCCAUGCUCCCAUGCUCCCAUGCUCCCAUGCUCCCGUACUCCCAUGCUCCCAUGCUCCCAUGCUCCCGUGCUCCCAUGCGCCCGUGCUCCCGUGCUCCCAUGCUCCCAUGCUCCCAUGCUCCCAUGCUCCUAUGCUCCCGUGCUCCCGUGCUCCCAUGCUCCCAUGCUCCCAUGCUCCCGUGCUCCCAUGCUCCCAUGCUCCCAUGCUCCCAUGCUCCCAUGCUCCUGUGCUCCCAUGCUCCCAUGCUCCCAUGCUCCCGUGCUCCCAUCCUCCCAUGCUCCCAUGCUCCCAUGCUCCCAUGCUCCCAUGCUCCCAUGCUCCCAUGCUCCCAUGCUCCCAUGCUCCCGUGCUCCCAUGCUCCCAUGCUCCCAUGCUCCCGUGCUCCCGUGCUCCCAUGCUCCCAUGCUCCCAUGCUCUUAUGCUCUUAUGCUCCCAUGCUCCCGUCCUCCCAUGCUCCCAUGCUCUUAUGCUCCCAUGCUCCCAUGCUCCCGUGCUCCCAUGCUCCCAUGCUCCCAUGCUCCCAUGCUCCCAUGCUCCCAUGCUCCCGUGCUCCCGUGCUCCCAUGCUCCCGUGCUCCCGUGCUCCCGUGCUCCCAUGCUCCCAUGCUCCCAUGCUCCCAUGCUCCCAUGCUCCCAUGAUCCCGUGCUCCCAUGCUCCCGUGCUCCCGUG